AAUGUUCCCGAUUCGGGGCGCCUGCUUUUCAUUUCGUUCCGGGAAGGGAAAAUGAGGGGAAAAGCAUCUAUUUGAAAACUCAUAAUUUUUUUCUGAUUCUCAUUACUGAGGGAAAGAACAGAAAGCAGGCGGACCUGCUGCGAUUAUGUUCGUUUCCUCUCGGAACAACGUGUGACACGAGAGAGAGAGAGAAUGAGAGAGACGGUGAGAGAGAGAGAGAGUCGAGGAGAGACAGAGACGGAGAGAAACAGAGAAGCGAAAGAGAGAGACCUGCAUUUGUAUACUGCCGUCCAGACUUUAGGAAGGAUGAACUACGUCUCUGUGAAGGGCCCCCGAAGCAGCCAUGUCACAGCAGAGACUCGGAUAGCCGGCGAGGAGUCAGAAAUGACUGAAGACCUUUUGAGCACAAUCCUGCCAGAGGCAGCUGCCGGUUCAGCCGUCCACACCGCGACCCAGGAUCAAAAGACCACCUUAGUGUUGGUUUUCUUCCUCUUCAUCUUCCUGUGCCUUCUGAUUGCUCGCUGCUGCCGGAUCCUGUUAGACCCCUAUCAGAGCAUGUCUUCCUCGACGUGGACAGACUACAUGGAGAAGGAGGCGCGGGGCUACAGGAUGGCGUGAGGGGAAGGGAAGAGGAAGAAGAGCCAACAAGGAGAACCUUUCGUUAAUUCGGCUUCGGUCCCUUGGUCGACCCACGACGGACAAGCCUCUUACUCUGUAGCCGCUCACCAGUUAUCUACUGUUACCUGUCUGGUGUGUAUCAUUCCGCCGAUUAAAGCUACGAGUUCUCCUCAUGAACCAUGUCACCCACAGAAUACUCUAACUGCCGAUGAAGUAAACACGCAGUGUCCAGGAAAUGCCAGAGAAUUUACGGAGCGGUGAUAUAGAGUUUUGAUUACAAGUUUGACUGGACGUCGGGAGUGAUUCCACGCCCAGGUCUGGCAAGGAUGGUCCGAAUUCACCAAUCGAGCCUUCAAAGAGGGAAUUAUAAAUAAUAUUUAAAAGCUGAAUGGAGAAAGUGUUGGAACUUGUUCACCAAAUGUCAAAGACUUUUGCUGCAAGCGGACGCCUCGUUUAUUGGUUGUGCUGAGCUCCCAAUGUGAAUAUUGUUCAGUCCCGAAAGCAGCAGGACUAAUGAGGUUGAGGUGACCCAAAUUCAAAAUCAGAUAUUUAUUUGCAUUUAUUUCCUUUCCAAUGGCGUUGUUUUAAAAAUAACCCGCACAGUAAAUAGCCAAAAGAUCUGUGGUCUUCCUACUUUCUUGGACUUCUGACUGUAUUAGCCACCGGCUUCCACCGCUUUUCAUAAUUUCCCGGCUGCCGCAGGAUCCCACCACCAGUCACAACUUCCCCUCCGCAGGGACCACCCUCUGCCACUCCCUGGUUUACUCGUCCCUCGCCGUCGCACCCCCCCCCAUACCUGUCCCGACCCCCUCCUUUUAGAAACCCAAACAGCCCUUCCAGGUGAAUCAAAAAUUCACUCGCACCCCCUCUAACCUCGUCUGCUGCACUCGGUGCUGUCGAUGUGUCCGGCUCUACAUCAGUGAGACCGAUUACAGACUGGGUGAGCACUUUUCAGAACCUCUGUGCUGUGUGUGUGCUACAGUAAUCCCAGGCUCCCACUCACUUCAACUCCACUACCCCUAUCCACACCGACCUCCGCUUCCAAACAGAAAAUAGAGAAACAUCACCUUAUUCAGCAUGGAUAGUCUACAGCCCAGUGGUACAAACGCUGAACUUUCCAUAGAAUUCAGACGCUGUCUCUGUUUUCCCUCUCCCCCUGGUCCACCAGUGGUGAAGAGAUGUCAGUAGGUGGUCAAGAGGCUCGGAAUGGAGAUCUGGAGAUUGAUGACCACGGAUCCACCUCAUCACAGAUUACCCAGACGGGGCGGCAGAAUAGCGCAGGUUAUUUUCGCGCAAAUGGGUGACAGCAGUUCUGGGUAUGCAGUAUACAUAGGAUGUAGCUCAACAAAGUACAGAAACAAAUCCUUCAGCCACGAUGGGCCAAAUUAAACUGCACAUGUAGAACAUAUGCAUUUCAGUAAGGGGUUUGACAAGGUUCCCCGUGGAAAGUUCAUCCAGAAAGUCAGGGGGCACGGGAUCCAGAGAAACUCGGUUAUCUGGUUCAGAAUUCACUCGGCCACAGAAGGCAGAUGCUGGUAGUGUAGGGUAGCGCAAUUAGGAGAAAUGUACAUAAUUCACAAUCACCGACAUCGAGUUGGGGUUUCGCCUUAAGAGGCCGGUGUGAUGUGAUGUGUUUUUGUUGUGUCGUUUUUUUGAAGUUCAAUAAAAUGUGU